ACAGCGCGUGCGCAGACUUCAUGUGGACAAGUAUUUAUUUUAGCUUCUUGUGCUAGCUGUAGUCAUGCUGCCCAUGUGGAACAUAUAACUGAAAGAAAAGCUUUUUAUAUCAGUUCAUUCACAUUAAAACGCGUAGUUUGUCUGUCGUCUAAAAUGGCUAAGGAUGGUGCAGCGAAACUGUCCAAAAAUCUCCUGCGGAUGAAGUUCAUGCAGAGAGGGUUGGAUGCAGAUGUGAAGAAGCAGCUGGAUGAGGAGGAGAAGAGGAUCAUCAGUGAUGAGCACUGGUUCCUGGAUCUGCCUGAACUCAAGGCCAAAGAAAACCAUAUCAUUGAGGAAAGAAGUUACGUUCCCUGUGAGGAUUUGGUUUAUGGCAGAAUGUCAUUCAGAGGCUUCAAUCCUGAAGUUGAGAAAUUAAUGUUACUGAUGAACACAAACAAAGAGGAAGAGGAUGAAGAUGAGGAGGACAUUAGCAAAAUGGAAACCGAUAUUACAGAUGAAGAGAUGGCCAGAAGAUAUGAAAGUUUGGUUGAGAGCAUGAGAAACAAGUUUGCCAAGAAACGAGAUCGCUCCGCAGUUGCUAAGAGUGAAGAGGACGUCAACUGCAACGUUGUUGAAAGUCAACCCAAAAAGGCCUUUCUGAAACCUCGAGACUGACAAAUUUUAAUUGCACAUCUGUGCUAUAUAUAGACGUUUGUUUUUCUUGCAAUGGACAUUUAUUUUUAUUAUUUUAUUUUAGACUUUUAUUUAGUGUUUAAUAACAAUAACAUGGAUUGUUAAAAGACCAACGUUUUAUGGAAAAGGUACAAGUGUAUGGAUUUGUUUGAACAUCCUAAGACUUCAUGUGUACUUUUUCCACAAUUAAAUGUACCAUCCUAAAAAAGGAAAAACUUGA